AUGCCCGAAUCUACUGCAAUUCUGAAGAAAGAAAACCAAGCCCUUAAGGCAGAAAUUGAUGCUCUAUCGAAAACAGUUAACCGGCUUCAAGCAAAAGUUGACCAAGAUGCUUCGUCUGGUGCCAACGCUAGUCCUACGCCUAAUGAAGGUGUUAAAAGCCUUAAAUUCAUUAGUGACGGCUUUGAUUACUUUAACUCGUUUAAAAAAGAAGCAGAAAUGGAACUGAAGCAAUUCAGUGUUGAACUGGUCAAGCUGAGAACGAAAGUAGACGCCAUCGGAAAAGCCAUUGAUGAACUGCGAAUACAGCUACAAGUUUAUUGUUAAAGUCGUCGGGUUACCUAAGGUUGACGUAAGAGAAUCUGCACAACAAACAAGCUCCUUGUGCGUUAGCCCGUCUAGGGCUUUGGGCGCUGAUGUACCUAUUAGAGACAUUGACUCAGCACACCGUGUACCAAUGAGACAAGCAAGUGGAGGGCCACGACCCGUUAUUUGUAAAUUUGUUCGCCGCCUUGCACGAGACAAAGUCAUGGCUCGACGAAGGGAAGCUCGUAACAUCAACCCUGCUAUAGCCUGA